GUUCCCCAUCUUUCGCCGCUGCGCGGCGCUAUACAAUCUUUGAUUCGCACUGUCAGCGCGGUUAGCCAGGCAGGUGCACAUUUGUCGACCGUGGACGUGAUGGAGGGACUUGACAUAGAGAAAUGUUGUUGACUAACCAACUAGGCCCAGUCUAAAGUUUCGGGUUUUUGACAUGAGUCUGAAUGAAGUAUGGCAGGGAUGUUCCAAGUUGUUUGGUGCUUUAGCAGCCUGUUUGCUGUCGUCGUCUUGGCUGUGAGGGAGAACGUGCGAGUGAACGUGGACAUGGUGAACGUCCAUUACCAGAUGAGCGACAGAAGUCAAUGCAGCUCACCGCAGACAACUCAUAAACUGUCGUUGCUCCAUGGUAUUCCAAAAGAAAUACUAGACAGGGUCCUCCAAGAACAGUCUUUACAAAGACAGCAGAGACUUGGUGGAGCAGGCUCCCCAGAACUGAACCAGUUGAGCAAUCCGGGUGUAGCUGACUACAAGGAGAGUAGCUGUGCUCAUUGUGGGUUGAGCGUCACCCCGCAUAUCAUGGAAACUGUCACCAUUGGGGAGCUUGUCCAAGCAUGUGAAUCAGGAGAUGCCCGUAUGGUUCCUGGGGCCUGCGCUAAGAUGGCAGCAUCCUGGGUUGAGGAGACUAACAACCCCAAAAUUGUGGAGACCUAUUCCCUUGCAAUGGUAGAAAAGGGACUUGUCCCUUUUGCCACAGGUAACAGAAAAGUGGACCACAAGCUAGCUUAUGGUGUCGUCCUUCUCAACACGGGCCAUUAUGAUGAUGCCAUUAUGCACAUAAAUGAAGUUGUGAAGGAGCACCCAGAUCUUGUAGGAGCCUACCACACUAGAGGUGCAGCAUAUGCUAAGAAGGGUGUGCGGUUUCCAGUGAAUGCCGAAUUGGCUCUUCAGGAUUUCAACAAGGCCAUCGAGCUCCUGCCUAGUGCAGAAGAAGGAUGGGAAAGACGAGCAGAGGUUUACUCUGCCCUUGGAAUGCAUAAGGAAGCCAUGUCAGAUAUGACCAAAGCUAUUGCCCUCAAGCCAUCUGCCAAGCUGUAUGCACAUAGGGCCACAGUCUACUUCAGAGAAGAGGAUUAUGUUGGAGCAACCAAUGAUUUCUUGGAGUCGAUUCGGAUCAACAGACAUCAGCCGGAGAUCUAUCAUCUGCUAGGCCUUGCCUUGUACCAUCAAGGCAAAAUCAAGGAUGCUAUAAAGUACUACAAUGAAGCACUGAAACUGAACACCCAUUUUGUGGACUGUCUGAGAAGUCUGGCCCAUGCUUACAGAGAGCUUGGCAACUUUGACAAGGCCUUGGAAAAGUUUAACGCAGCCCUGUUGAUCAACCCCAAUCACGUUCAGUCACUACAGCUCAGAGGUAGUUUACUCUAUCAGGCAGGCUACCCAAAAGAAGCGUUGCCAGACUUCAAGGCCUGCACCUCGCUGGAGCCACACAAUAACGUGUGCCAAUACAUGAAGGGGCUGUCCUACGCAGCCUUGGGCCAGUUCUAUCAGGCCGUCAAAGUCAACACCAAGCUCAGGGUUCUACACAUGCCAGAGCCGGGAAGCAGCGAGCGGGAUAGGGCCUUGUAUGUCCGAGAGCUUUCCCGUUACCUUCAUGCCCAUCUUGAUACACUUGUGAGUGAUUACAACAUUGAUGCUGAUCUAGACGGCACUAUGAAGGACCGAUGGGUCAAGAGUAAAUCGUUUGAGACAAAAGGAUAUGUGGAAAUGCCUGGCCUGUCCCCAGAAAUUAGUGACGUGGAGGACCUGGACUUCUUGGAGCUGAGCACCGAGGCCCAGCGACUGAUCUGCACAGCAGCCCCCACGGGGCACCUUGGCCAGGUGGAUGCCGAGGGCUUCCUGCCCAGCCAACGGGCCCAGCUGGCCAUGGGUCUGGCCAGCAUCGAGGUGGCCCAGACCAUGAGGAUAGUAUGGGACAAGGCCAGCUCCAAUAGAGUCUACAGGAACAGCCAGGGUAAACGUUUUGGAUGGAGAGACAUGUUUGAUAUAGCAGUCAAAUGGAGACGAUUAGUUGAUCCCGAUCAACCAGUACUUUGGAUUGACAUGAUGCCAGCGUCUAGUGUAGAGGCUGGGUUUAACAAUCACAUGAACUUACUACGUGGCCAGGUCUUCAACAUCCGAUUCAGCAAAUACUUCAAUGUCAUCUUUAACCUCACCAAAAAAAUGGUCCUCCAGCGCAACCUUAUUAUCAGCCAGUCCUCACGAGCAGAGAGCAAGUUCCAAGCCGCUCUGGAGAAGGUGAGCAACUGCGAGGAACUGCUGAAGCUGGUCAAGAAGCAGAAGAUGGGAGACGGCCUAAUGCCUGGCUUCAUGGUGUCCACCAAGAUCCCCAGCUACAAGGAGAAAGGACACAAACUAGAGGGUUCCAUCUUCUCCCUGACUGGGGAUGUGGUGGGUAAUGUGUUGUUUUCAUUAGACACAGCAACCACGAAGAAGCGCACGGACCAGUUCCACACAGAGAUAGAUUACAUUUGGUUGUUACUGAGCGAUGAGAUGAAAAAAGCUCACAGCUCCAACAAAGAGAUGGAUUCCGACUCGGUCAUUCAUCUAAUUCUUUCCAUGGUCUACUACUUCUACAACCUCAUGCCAUUAUCUAGAGGCUCUAGCUCGGUUGCCUACAGUGUGGCCGUUGGGCUGAUAUAUGCCAUCGGUAAAGAGGUCACAGGUCACAUACCAAAGGGCAAUAUUGUAGACGUGGAGGCGUUACUGUCUGGGGGUCCAGAGAACUUCACUGCCCUUAUGAAGAAUUGGAUGAACAUCCGCUGGGCAUCCACCAAGGCAAAUGAACUCCCCCAGGUGUUGGAAACCCUCCCCACAUUGAGGACGAUGCUGGAAGUGCUGAAUGUUGGUUCCAGGGCCUGCGGCAUGGCUGGCUUGUAGUGCCGCUCUUUUUUAAUACUAACUCAUCGUCAUAGUUUUUAUUUUGUGAAGUUUGUUUAAAAAAACAAGAAGAAAGAAAGAGAGAAAGAGAGAAAAAUUUUAAAAACAAAUGAGCUUUUCUUCUAAGGCUGGUUUUUUAAGGUGACCAUUGUCCAUAUUUGUCUUCUUUUAUGAAAUCCAUCUUUUUGGCUGAUAAUGGGCUUUGGGCCAGUAUCCUUUUGUCAUUCCAACUUUUUUUGUGGUAUCGGUGCAUGUCUUCUUUAGGGCAAUGCCAUUUUGAUUGUUGACCCCUCAAGCCAUUUGUCUUCUUGAGGGUGUGCUGAACUACAAAGACCAUUUUACUGAAGUAUUUUAAAGUAAAAUACCAUGUACAUUGCAAUCUGCUCUGCGGUGACAGGGCUUACUGGAUCACAUUUCACAAGCUCAGGGGAAUUCAAACUUCCAGUAUCCAGCUUUCCUUAAGGCAAGCUGGGUAGUUCAGAGAAACACGUGAUCAGGAGAUUGAAGAAUCAAAUCCCACUUAUUAAAACUGGUGUUGCAGUCGGGUCCGGUUAGCCCAGUGCAACUUGUCGGCUCUCAAGCCAAAUCACAAGCUAUUCAACUGAGCAGUGACAGAGGCAUUCCUUUGCCUCUAGUUACCCCCGAUUCUCAUGACUGAUGUUGUGGAAGGAGUUGUGAUAGACCAGACUAUGACAUUGUACAAAGAUUUUCCACAGUCUAAUAGAACAUUUUGAAGAAACAUUUUGAAGAUAACACUGAAGUCAUCCUGAAUAAUUCCACUCAUAGUUGAAGCACAAUUUUUUUGGGGGGGGAUCUUGCCAACAAAUUGAUUGCCACGUGUCAGUAUUUUCUGGGUUUGUUCAAGGAAAAACCCAUGGUUCUUUCUGAAUGAUUGAUGAUCAUGAUGGCUAUUGUGUAUGAGUGUAGUUUGCCAUUCAUGUCAGGCUAGGGUGAUUUAAAUCUUCGGGGAUUGGGUUUGGGAAUGACACCAAAAUGUCUUCUGUGAAGAAAUAUUUGAUUUACCGAGUGAGCAAACACGGCAAUUUAAGAGAUGUUUGUCAAUUGUGGUUUCUUGUUUCUGCAUGGUUUUCUUUUGGAAACCAUCUUUUCCCCAAUCUCCUGGGAGCUUCCUGAGUUCAGAUGGAGAGGGAAAAAACAUUUUUAAAUUCUGUGCUCCCUCUUUUGGAGAAGCAGUCACUCAGGCUUACUAGUCAAAGCAUUUCAGUGAUGCUUUUGAAAGAAAAUCCAUUCCAGAAAUCGUGAGUGGAUGGGAAAUGAAAGUAUUUUUUAGCUGUCCAAACUGUGGUCAAGAAAUGACAAGUAUGUACAAUCAGUAGGCUGUACUGUUAAGUCUUCUUGCCUGUAUGUGUUGCUGCAUUUAAGCUGGUGCUAUUUUUUACUGUUUAAAGGAAGGAAUCACCGUGGGAUUUCACAAGCGCAGUACAGAUCAUGAGCAAGUCAUUCAUAUUUCUACUAUGGAUAUAAUAUCUGGAUUUUAUUGUUUAAGUAGACUCUUUGCAACAGGACUGUAUACGUUGCAGCAGAAACGAAGAUGGAAUAAAAACCUUGACAAAUUUUAAAUUAUUGAAGAAACAAAAGAUGCCAAAUAGAUCAAAAAUAGUAUGAAUGUGAUUUCUGCUGUCAGCAGCAAAAUGUUUUGCAGGAUUGUUGAAUUGCAGUCCAUAUGAAAACUGAAUUUCUAUUUUUUCUGACUAGUGUCAUGUCCACGCUACAUUUCAUAUUUGAAGCAGAGGUAUAUCUUGUAGUUGUAAAAAUGUGUCAACUGACGGAUAUGGACACAGGCAUACAGGCAACACUGGCUUCAGACUUCCAAAAGAUUCCUAAAUUAAAUGAGUGGUAGUUGGGAUAAACAAGAGAAGUUUUAACUUGAUAAAAACAAGUUUCAACCAGAUGGUGCUGUUCCUUGGGUAAAGACUGAAAUCGUGGAGUUUCAGAUUCUCCCUAAUUUCCUUGCUUUUUACUUGAGAAAAUGUCAAUAUUAUUUUAGAAUUUGUAAGAAAUAUACUUGGCAAUUCCUUCAAGAUGUCCUUUUUUUUUAACUAUGGUGAAAGGCACAAUAAAAACAGCUCAAGGAAA